UGAUUCACACUCACAGCCCCAACUCUAAAUUUGGCGCUUGUCAAGCAACGGUUGAGAAUUCGCUGGUUCUCUCCAUGAACACCAAUGCCUUCGUGAAUCUCCCAUCUUCCUUCCUUCCUUCCUUCUCUGUCCACUCCUUCCAAUCUUCCCACCUCCUUCGUUCAGUUUUCCGGCAUUUCAUCGCGCCGGAAUUCUGACAUUUCGCCAUGAACGACACCGAUGAUGAAAGCGAAGUCCGGAAGGCCCCGAUCAUAGCGAAGGAUGUGUAUUUCAUCAAAGAUGAGAGAACCCUCAAGGGCCCGGAUCUUGCUGAUAGGGAAAGGCCCCAUGACGACCCUGAUUCUGAAAUAGAGGACCACGAAUUCGCCGCCCAGCCAGAUGGAAACCCAAGCCCUGCCGAACUCAAGCUUAAAACCAAGAAGGCGUUGUUGGAAUUUCGAUGCAAGGUUGAAGAUUCCAUUCUUGGCAACUACUUGUUAGGCGAAUCAGACCAGAGACUCUCGCUUGGAGAAAGAGCGUUAGCCGCGGAAGAAUUGAGAGAAAUUACUCUCUGGGGCAUCCCAUUGUUGCCCAGUAAGGCUCAUGAGGGUACCGAUUCGGUUUUGUUGAAGUUCUUGAAAGCCAAAGAUUUAUGCGUUUCUGAUGCCUUUGAGAUGCUACAGAAGACCAUGAUAUGGCGAAAGGAAAACAACAUUGACACAAUCCUCGACGAGGAUUUGGUUUCUGAGUAUGCAAAAUCUAUGUACAUAAACAGCAGGGACAAAGAGGGUCGUCCUGUGUGUUACCUCGUUUAUGGGGUUUUCAAGAACAAGGAGCUGUAUAAGAAAGCCUUCGGGACAGAAAAGGAACAUGACAAGUAUUUGAGGUGGAGGAUCCAAUUCAUGGAGAAGAGCAUGAAGAAGCUGAACUUCAGAGAAGGAGGGGUGGAUUCCAUGGUUCAGAUUAUUGAUUUGAAUGACACACCGAAGCACGUAAUGAAGGAGCUCAAUUCAGUCAGCAAGAAAACUUUGGCUCUGUUUCAAAACUACUAUCCUGAAACCAUUUAUAGAGAGAUAGUUGUAAAUGCUCCAUUUUGGUUCUACACCUCCCAAUUGCUAUUCUCACGGUUCACGAGUCAUAAAAGUGAAAAAGAGUUCACGUUGACUAGACCACCUAGAGCCACACAGACACUCCUCAAGUUCAUAGCCCCAGAACAUCUUCCAGUUGAAUAUGGAGGUCUCAAGAGGAAAAAUGACCAAGAUUUCUCCCCCGUGGAUAAAACCUUAGAACACAAAAUCAGAGGAAAUACAAUUUCUACAGUUGAAAUUCCAGUGCAUGAGCCUGGAGUGACACUAAUCUGGGAUGUAACUGUGGUGGGAUGGGAAGUGUCGUACAAGGAAGAAUUUAUUCCAGAGGAUGAAGGCUCAUACAUUAUAUUGCUGCAGAACCAAAAGAGAAUGGGUGAUAGUAUAAGAAAUUCCUUUUACAUAAAUGAACCUGGGAAGAUUGUGAUUACAGUUGGAAAUGGAACCUUCAAGAAGAAGAGAAUGUGCUAUAGAUCUAAAGCUGUAACUACUGUCCCCAUGUUCAUCUUUUUGAAAUGAUCCACAACAGAUGGCUUAAGCUGAAUUUGAAGCUCGUAGUUUCCAAGUGGCUCUGAAGCAACCAUACGUGGGUUGAUUGAAUAGGUUGUCUAACAAGUUGUUGAUUACCAGAAUUGAUUGUCUAUGUCCAAUAUUGUAUAUUUGUACAGGAUUCUUUCCUACAUUGAGCUUGAAAUAGAAAUCGCAUGUGAUAGUGUCUAGUUACGUUGUACUGUAUGAUUUAUAAGAAUCCUGUAUCUUCGCAUGGUCAAAAAUUAUUCCUUAUGAAA